GUCUGUGUCGGCAGAGACACUGGCCGGCCGCCCUUUAAGACUCCGCGCUGCCCUGCCAGUUGCUGCCGUUGCCGCCGUCAGCGCUGAGUGGCAGCUGGGCAGCGAGGACGGAGCCGCUACCUGCUUCUCCUGCCCUGCGGGCCGCGGCCCCCGCCCCAGCCCGUUCUCCCGGCGCCGCGGUGCGAGCGGAGGGGGCCGGGCGGGGAAGCGCUACCUCCGCUCCGCCUCUGAGCGCAGCCCGCUGCGGGGAUGUGUCAUUGCCAUGGCGAGGCGGCUCUUCCCGGGGGCCUGGCUCAGGAAACGCUACUACGCUCAGGUCAGAUACGAUGCAGGCAGCCAAAGUGUGAGCUUUCUUACACUGGCCCAUUGCUGACCUGAGCCCUGAUUUGGAGGGACCACCUUCUAUAAGGGUUCGCUUCUCAUAUAUGCGAAUGAAGUAUCUCUUCAUCUCUUGGCUAGUAGUAUUUAUUGGCAGCUGGAUUAUAUAUGUUCAGUACUCCACUUACACAGAGCUAUGCAGAGGUCAUGAUUGUAAGAAAAUAAUAUGUGAUAAAUAUAAGACUGGAGUUAUUGAUGGAUCAGCAUGUAGUAGUCUUUGCGCUAAAGAAACUCUGUAUUUUGGAAAAUGUUUGUCAACAAAACCCAAUAACCAGAUGUAUUUAGGAAUCUGGGGUAAUCUACAAGGUGUCAUAAAAUGCCAGAUGGAAGAAACUAUUCAUCUUGAUCUUGGAACUGAACUGGAACCAAGAAAAGAAAUAGUUCUGUUUGAUAAACCAACUAGAGGAACUACUGUUCAGAAAUUCAAAGAAAUGGUAUAUGGUCUUUUUAAACGAAAGUUGGGUGAACAGGGAAAUCUUUCUGAACUGGUUAAUCUCAUCCUGUCAGUUGCUGAUGGAAACAAAGAUGGUCGAGUUUCCUUACCAGAAGCAAAGUCAGCGUGGGCUCUUCUGCAGCUAAAUGAAUUUCUGCUUAUGGUGAUCCUCCAGGAUAAAGAACACACCCCAAAAUUGAUGGGGUUUUGUGGAGAUCUCUAUGUGAUGGAAAGAGUUGAAUAUACCUCUCUCUAUGGAAUAAGCCUUCCAUGGAUCUUAGAACUUUUCAUUCCCUCCAGUUUCAGAAGAAGCAUGGACCAGUGGUUUACUCCAUCAUGGCCUAGAAAGGCAAAAAUAGCUAUAGGGCUUUUAGAAUUUGUGGAAGACAUUUUCCAUGGACCUUAUGGGAAUUUUCUUAUGUGUGAUACCAGUGCCAAAAACUUGGGUUAUAAUGAUAAAUAUGACUUGAAAAUGGUGGACAUGAGAAAAAUUGUACCAGAAAUUAAUUUGAAGGAAUUACUUAAAGAUCGUCACUGUGAGUCUGACUUGGACUGUGUUUAUGGUACAGACUGUAGAACUCUAUGCGACCAAAGUAAAAUGAAAUGUACCACAGAAAUAAUUCAGCCCAACUUGGCAAAAGUAUGCCAGUUACUAAAAGACUAUCUGCUUCGCGGUGCUCCGUCAGAAAUACGCGAAGAGUUAGAGAAACAACUGUAUUCUUGUAUUGCCCUUAAAGUCACAGCAAACCAGAUGGAAAUGGAGCAUUCUUUAAUACUAAACAACUUAAAAACUUUAUUGUGGAAGAAAAUAUCCCAUACAAAUGAUUCUUAGUACCUUUAACCACAGAAGAAAACAUUGUUGCCACUAUAGGAGAUUUACCACUUUUUAUCAAAUGCAUCUUUGGCAUUUUUAAAAUAUUUCUUCUUAGCUCAGAAUUCAUUAACUUUCCUAACUCUUACUCCAGCAAACACUGCUACUAUAGUGCUUCUCAGAGAGAGAGUGUGCCACUUAAUGAAUUGUCUGGCAGAAGUUACAAGAGCCUUGUGGUUAGAAUGCUCCAUCAUGGAAAUGAACCAUGUGCUUGCCCUCCCCUUGCACUUUGGCAGAAGACCCUAAACUGGGGUCUCCGGCUGUCAAUAUUCACUGUGCUACCAUAUUGACUAAUUUAAUUUUUUUUAAUGCUGUGACUAGCAUCAUUCAUUUGUAAAUAUCCACUGAGAAUUAUUUUUUUCCAAGUAGUGUUACAAAUGCUUGCCAAAAGACCCACCGCUAUUAGAAAUAAUGUGCUUGAGUCCAAGAGACUCUUUUGAAUGAACUGAACAUUUUGAGAAUGAAGUUUACUAAUAACUUAGCAUGGCAAAAUUUGCACAAUGGGAAAUUUUUAAAUUGCUAAACUCAGUGUGACAAAAUUUAUUUCAGAAAACUGGGUAUUUUAGUAUGAGAGAUUUUUAGUUAGAUUUUGUUUGCAUUCACCUUUUUACCUCAUACUUACAUAUAUCUUGAAUGUUACCACAUUAGCUGAAAGUUCUUAAUUAAAGGUCCUGGUACAACAUGCCAUGUUGGAAGCUAAGAAUUUAAAAUAUGUAUUAUAAAUUUAAAAAGUUGCAUAUACUAGAGCAACAAUAUACCAUUACACAGUGGGGAAACAGAGAAACUACAAAGCCUGAGUCUUGAAAGAUAUAAGGAAAGUUAAGCAAUAGCCAGUUUUGAAGCCAGGGAUUUUGUGGAUUAGGUGAUUCUAAAAGGAUGAGGAGUUAAAGAACUUUGAGGCCUUGGCUACACUUACCCGGUAGUUCGGCGGCAAGCGAUCGAACUUCUGGGUUCGACUUAUCGCGUCUAGUCUGGACGCGAUAAGUCGAACCCGGAAGUGCUCGCCGUCGACUGCGGUACUC